GUACGUCAUAAGCAGCAACAUAUACAAAAAAGGGAAAAAACGUUAGAAAUAGUAUUCAGACAAGUUCAGGGUGUAUUUGAUAUUAGCUUACAACAUUGUAAUAUUUGUAUGCAGGCCUAAUGCAGAAGCAAUCCUGUAAAUGUGGAUUGCAAAUAUAUUAUAAUAACAAUUAACAACAUUUAUACGUCUGAGAGUAUAUAUUCUUUUGUUAUUUAGCGUUUAUAGCAUAAUUAUUAGUUCACAAUAUUUCCAAUGCUAUGGCUAUGGUGCUCACGAAUAAAUGUGUUAAAUAUACUGGGUCAUUAUUGCAAAAAUAACGUUCAUUUUCAAAAUCUUCAAAUUCAGCAAGAUAUAUUAUAUUGGUUGUAUAUUGUUUAAAAUACACAGAAUAAGAAACUGACUGUUCUCUUCCUCUGGUCUCCACUGCUCUCUGUUUACAACGACCUUUGACUUUGACAGCACCAUAGCUCUUCAUAUAACCUUUUUUUGGAAGAAAACAUAAACUUCUGAUUAUCGAGGAAUUAGACGCAUUCAAUGCAAUUAGCUCGAUUAUCAUAAAACAGACGCCAAAGCUGCCACUUUGGGUGAAUCCUGCAGAUCUGAAGCAUUUGGUGGCAGCACUUCAGAAGCAGGAGAACAUAACGGAGAGAAGACUGAGACUUUCUGUCAGUGACGCCGAGCUGCUCAACAACAAGCCUCUCAAUCCACCCUCACUAUCCUGAAUCUGUGUCCGUGCGAACUGCAUUAUUUCCUGCAAACUGCAAGAGAAACUCCUCCAGGCACCGCGAACAUGAACUCUGGAAGCUGGGUGGCAAGGCGUUGAAGUGACAGUCAGACGCUGUUCACACCUAGCAUUUGCGUCCACUCUCAGCAGGCACUGAGACGAGACAGAGAUGCUGAUGUCUGGGACGCUCCCUCGCCUCCUCCUGGCGGGCACCUGUCUCUGUGUCUACGGGACCCCCGUCCACCUCCAGAGCUACACCAGCGACUGUGACGGAAAGUGUGGCAGCUCGGCAACAUUCGUUGUAUCAACGCACGCCACAGAUAAAGAGCGCACACAACAUGUGACUGGCCUGGUUUUAAAUGUAGAAGGAGGCGCUGGCCCACAUGCACGACCUGAGCGGAGAGCUUCGGUGACGCAGACUGAAAACGGGGACAGCCUCGAUGGAAGAUCUGGGCCGAGCGAGGCUGGAGGAGAGGCACGAAUCCAAAGGAGCAGGGUAAAGAAGGGGGACGGGAGCAGACAGUCGGCUUCAGGGCUGUCUGCUGAUCCACACGGUGGGAAGGUGCCUGUGUCCGAUCCCACAGGUGGGACGGAGCAGGUGGACUCAGCAGUGAGGUCAGCAAGGUCGACUCCAGAUGGAUUUUCAUCCUCCUUCACAACGCCAUCACAGCUGGGCAUCACAUCCAGGCAGGUCAGAGACCAAAGUGAGGAGGACUGGUCCAAAGUACCCGGUGAUUCUCUGGAGGACUCGGAAACAAGAUUGCCAUCCUCUACAGAACCUCCAAACUCUGGAUUAUGGAUCCAGAAACUGACCUCCCGCAGUCCCAUCCCUCCCUCUGUCUUUGCCUCCCCUCAAACCUACACACAUUUGUCAAUUUGGGGUCAUAAUGGAGCUACAAUGUCCUCCCUUCCAGACCCCUUGUUACCUGAACUGGGACCAAACCUGAUGCCCAGAGAGGAUGGACCUGAGAGCCUGUGGACUGAGGCGGCAAGGCCCGGGGAUGUGGACACUGUGGUCCCGCCCUCUGAGGACGAGGCCACUGAGGGCACCAUGUCUUCAGAGGCUCUCCCCCUCAUCUUCGAGCCUUUCGAAGAUGUGACAGCGGAGGGGGGGGCAGCAGAGGCCGUGGCAGCGGUCACCGCGGUGCCCGGCAGCGCUCAGCCUCCUGCUGCCAUGGCGACAGGAGGAAUGCAUCAGGUGGAUCUGGACCAGUUGGUCACCGUGGAGACAGACAGCGACGGUCCCUCACACGCCCUGCCACUGCUGAUGCCAGACUGGACGUCAUCGUGGCAGGCGUCCGGCGGGGAGCUGCUGGAGCCAAUCGGAUCAUUGGGACCGUCUGUCUCAGAGCGGAGGGGCGGAGCCGAGGAUCAAACUGAGAGAGGUGAUGUGAGGACAGCAAACCUUGAGGAGAACUUGCCCACCACCGACCCCUCCUUCUCAUCCCUCCAGCAUGCUAUGACAACGGUAUCCAUGGCAACCCAUCAUCCGGUGCACAAAUCCAGAUCAGGGUUAGAGGAGAUGGAGUCUGAGGAGGAGACAGAUGAAGAGGAUGAGGAUGAGAACUCUGAGGAAUCGAUCGAGGAUGACAGCAAGGAGGACCUAACAGAGACACCUAAAACCUUCUCAACGAGGCUUCCCUACAGCCUCAUCCCUCCACCUCCUCUCUGGGUCCAACGGAACCAGGGGCUGAUGCGGAGCUGGUUAGAGUUGAUCAGAGAAAAGGCAGGUUAUGUGUCCGGGAUGUUGGCCCCUGUGGGCAUAGGCAUCACUGGGGCCCUGUUAAUCGUCUGCGCCCUCUACAGCAUCAGGAUGAUUCACAGCUUCAAACACCAGAGGAGGAAGGUCAGGCAGCAAGAGCAACCUCGAGAGCCGGGGACCAGCCGUCAGGACCAGGCCAUGCUGCUGGCUGACAGCUCUGAAGAUGAGUUCUGAUGAGACCCUGCUGGGCUCUUUUUGUCGGUGACCAAUAGCUGAUGCUCCUGUAAUGGAGGCUCAGCAAACAACCCCAUCACUAUGACUACAGAAUCUCCCAUCACCCUGGGCUGUUUGGCUAUGACUCAUCUGAUCCACAGAGUGUGACUGAGUAGAGGACACAAUUUGCACAGGCUGCACAAAGUUCCGCUUUGUAUCCCACCACUUCUAAAAGAACCAAUGUGAGCACUUUUCUGAAUGUUGUCAGGUGAUGUUGACUCUAAUGGCUUGGCAAGGCAGGCGUGAUGUACUUCAACAUAAAAGAUUAUAUUGAUGGUUCUAAAAAAAUGUGUCAGCAGGGUAAUGGCAGGAUUAAAGUGUUGCUGAUAAAUCUUUGGAGUUGAGAGGCAAAGUGUGGACCAGCAGUAUGUCUUUCAAGCAGUAAAAAAGGGCUGUAGAAGAGAUGCAUCACAUCAACAAUGUAGGCCUACAUAUAUUUGCUGUAUAUGUAACUGACUUGUGGUCAGUUGUUUGAGUGUAAAUACAUUUUUAUUUCUUGCUAAAUGUGGAUAUUUAUAUUAUUCAACAGUUUGUUUAAUAUGCGUAUUUGUUUUUUUUGCCAAUAGUUAGAUGACAAGAAUGAUAGCACUCUUAAAUCUAACAGUUAGCUGGAGCUAGCCGGUUAGCCUAGCAUGAAGAAUGGAGGGAAACAGCUAGCUUUGCCCCUGUUCAACAAACUAAACCUUUUAAAACUAAUUUUGGUUUGUUUAACACUUAUCAGAAAAUAAGUGUUAAAUUGAUAAGUCGCUGUUUGACAGUGGAAACUUGUCAAACAUGUAUUCGGCUUAGAGCAGUGACUGCCUGGAGUCUAGUUACCUUACAACUGCUAGCUGCUAACCGGUAUCCAGAUUGUAUAACAUUUCAACAGAACCAGGCUUGCUGUUUCCAGCUUUCAUGCUAAAUUUACCAAUUCCUGGCUGAAACAUAGCCUCAUAUUUAACACAUUGGUAACUAAAUUCUCAUCAAACUAUAUAAAAAAAAAUGAAUAAGCAUGUUUCCCAAAAUGUUUGAGUAUUGCCUUAAACCAAAUUUCCCACACAUUUCAGAUACCUUUACAUAUAAUUAAUUGCUUCAUUUAAAUGUACAUUUUCUGGAUUUUUUUAAAUCUAUUGUUCAAAAGCAUUUGUGCACGCGUGCGCACACACACACCUAAUUUUAACAUCUAAUAAUCUGUAGUACACGAUACCAUUGUCCCUCAAAAAUGUGAAGCAUAAAAAAUUUUAUGUAGGCUACCUCCCCCCAUCAAUAUGAAUUAAUCGUUUUGCAAUUUGCAAAAAGUGUUUUUAAGUGCAUGACUAUUAAGUCUGUUCAUACCUAUGGUUCAUACACAGCCCUGUUACAGUGACUUUAAUUAUAAUGAAUGAAGGGUUUAUGUUGGCUGGCAAAGCACAAACAUUGAAGACAUUGGGGCAGAAGUUCAUAUUUUCACAAGUUAAUCAAAAGAUGAUUUUUCAGUACUUUUGUGUGGUUAUCUGCUUCAGAGAAGGGCAGACCAAGACAUUUAGGCAAACAUGUCUGCCCCAUGAAUUUUAGAUUUCUGUAAUCAACUAUAUAAGCAAAUACAGUUCUUGAGUUUGGAAGAAAAUAGGAAAUUGUUAAUAAAAAACCUUUCUACUAUAGUUCAGACAGUACGUAUUUCAAAACACUCAUCCGAGCAAUGUUUUUCCACAACAUUAAUACAUAGUGCUGUCUUUUGUUCAAAGGGAAAAUAUUUUCAGUGAUUUCAGUCCUCUGAUAUGCUUAAUGUACAACUGCCUGUUAAUAUGCAAUAAUACUGUUUUAGGGUAAGUGUGAUGUAAAAUAGUGGACACUUUUUUCUCUGUGUAAAUAAUUCAACAUGAUGUGAUCAAAUAAGCAAUUCUUUAAGAUGUCUUAUUUCAACUCUCUUAUGAUGUAGCUAAAGUGUGAACUAUGUUUUACAUGGAAACCACUUCAGACAGCAGACAUGACCCAGUUUACAGCAUUAAAAAAAUCAAAUAAUUUAUUUCUGUGUUCUUUUUCCACAUUAAAUAAAAGCUAUCGGACAUUUCCAGAUCAAAAUCAAGAGAGGGGACAGGGAAGAGGAACUGGGGGAACAGAAAUCUGACAUGCAAAAAAACCUUUUGUUCUCCCCUUUGCACACUCCGUAGAUGGCGUUGGAGGCGUAGCUGGCCGCCCCGAAAAGACUGCAGGAAGCCCCUGUGGUUGCUUGGUUGGUUGGUUGCAGGAACACAGCUUUUUGUGGUGAAGCAUGACAGCCAAGACACAUUUUCUUUAUCCGACCCGCAAACUGGUUACUGGGAAAUGUAUAAUUGUAACACUAGAAAUGUAGGAUAGGCAGAUGUCGCCCCAGGUGAGCACAGAUAAUUGGGCGUGUGAUUGUUAGAUUAAGCUACCUGAAAAGCACAGCGGACAUCCAGGAGGAGUAAAGAAAACUGCCUCUGACAUCUGUGAACACUGAACCGACAUUGUAAAGUCAAAAACUUUUUUUCAAAAUGUAUUUUCAUUA